UCUAAGCUAAAUACUUUUUUGCUACUGGCAGAAAUGUGUCUGCAUCAGCAAGAAUAGAAAACUGUCAAGUACCGAAAUCUGGCUUUGAAUUCUUGCCAGGAUUCAUACUCAUGUUUUCUUAUUCUUUAAUCAGACAGUUUCUGAUUUAAAAUGAUAAUUUUCAGCUUAACAGCUGUUUGUGUUUAGACAACAUUUAUUAUUUCAGAAGGUCGGCUUCUUUUGUGCAAUGGAAAAAAAGGGUUUUGUGGAAAAACGUGUUCAAAUUCCUCAAUGUAUAAAAAAAUAUAAGUUAUCAGUAGCAAAACUAGUAGUAUUGUCAGGGCAGAGCUUGGAAGGUUUGAAGUAGUGUUUAUCCACUUUUGACUUGAACAUUGUGAUGUUGAUUUAGCAGUCAAACAAUCUUAAACAUGGAAAUGUCCAGUUAAAGGAUGGAGUCUGAAAUCCUAUGUACUCGAAGUGAGAUACCUGGAAGGCGGCCAUGCUAACCUCGAUACUACUAGCACUUGUCAUACAUGUAUGGUGAGUUUGGACUUGUUCCAGUUUCAAGCUUAACCUAUUCACAUCUGCAGUGGUGGGAUGUAAAUAAGAACAUUUAUUUAAGUAUUGUACUUAAGUACAGAACUGGUACUUGUAUUUCCAUUUUAUACUACAUUACACUUCUACUCCACUACAUUUCAGGGUGAAAUAUUGUACUUUUUACUCCGCUGCAGCUAUAGUUACCAGUUACUUUUCAGAUCAAGAUUUAAUACGUUAAACAUGAUCAGUUUAUAAGAUGUGCAUUGUUAUUGAAGAAACUACCCAACAGUAUAUACAGCUGUUAAAAUUAGCUCUACACCUUUACAAUGUUCAGAUGCUGCUUAGACUGCAAUAAAUCAGGAAUAAACUUCCAGUAAUAAAUAUAUAAUAAAUGUAACACUUUGAAUGGAGCCAUUUUGCAUAACAAGUACCUUUUACUUUUGAUAUUUUAAUACAAUUUCCUGCUAAUACUUGUGUAUUUUUACUUAAGAUUUUGAAUGCAAGACUUUUACUUGUAACAGAGUAUUUUUUUUAUUGUGGUGUUGCUACUUUUACUUAAAGAUCCGAGUACUUCUUCCACCACUGCAGAGCAGUUAUUAAAUCCAGCGAGGAUUUAGAUGAACCAAACUUAAUGUGAUAAAUUUGCACAUUUAUCGCAUUAAGUUUGUUCGAUUCAAAUCCUGUGUGUUAAAGAAUAUGGGUGAAUAUUUUUCUUUGCAUUUUUCUAGCGAAUCGAGUGCAUCAACAUGAUAAAAUAGUUUUUUGGAAUUUCUGCAGUUAUGUUCAUGCUCAGUGUUGUCUCUGAAAAACCCCUGGCUCAACAUAGUUUCCUUGUCAAGGAUAUUGUAAGUAGUCAAGACUGAUCGGGAUAAUUCACAUGAGACUAAUGACUGGAAGGUCAUAAUGUGAUAUUUCACUAGCAUUGGUGUUGCAACUAAUGAUUAGAUUUUUUUAAAUUAUCAAAUAAUCUGCCAUUUAUUUUACAAUAAUUUGGUCUAUAAAACUUAAGAAAACUGUGGCAAAUGCCCAUCGCAAUGUCCUAGAGCCAAAGGUAGUCACUUCAAUUUACUUGAAUAAAAGACAAGAAAAAGCAGAAAAUUCUCCCUUUUAAGAACUUGGAACCAUCAAAUGUUUGGUGCAUUUGCUUGAAAAUGCACUUAAAGCAUUAAUUCAUUGUCAAAACAGUUGCGGACAAAUUUUUUGACGACUGACCAAUCGAUUAAUCCACUAAUCGUUGCUAUUUUGUCCACCUUUGUAAUUGUCUCAGGGGCGUUUAAUGCCAGAGGUGAUGUUAAAGUGAAUAAAGGUGAAAAUGUGCUUUUCAAAAUUGCUCCAGCUUCAAAUAUAAGAGUUGUUGUGCUGAGCAGCUGACAUCUUCGAGUAUGAGCGAACAGCCUUCACUCUCCUGGCAGCUACUUGAAAAUUAAUUUCUUAGGCUGCUUACUUAACCAGUUAGGGCUGAUUUAGUAAAAUCUCCAUUCUCUCAUAAAGUGUGCGUACUUGGUUGCGUAAUGCGCACAUUAUACACGUGCAGCUCUCUCAGUGGCUUCUUUAUCUCAUGACAAGCUACAAUCAACCAUAACUUGAAAAGGUCAGGAUCUGCCACCUCUUCAUGUCAUGCUUGCAGCCUAAUUACUUUACACAGGCACUUUGCAUCUCCUAUAAAUAGACAAGCCUAAAGCCUCUUAAGUUCAGACCACAUAAGUUGCUUUCCCUUAGUGCCAUCUACGAAUAAGCGCACAAAGACACUUAGCCACCAACAAAUCCCCGAGGAAGGUGGUACUUGCUCCAAGAGACGCGGCACAAGAGGUGGAGGAUGUUCAGGAUGUAAGGUGCUCAGUUGUGUCUGGAACCUGCAGAUGAGUCAGCUGUUAGUGUUGUAGUUGAUCAGGCCCAGCUGCCUACAUGUAUUUCACAGGAUACAUCCAAUAUGGGUGACCUGGUGGGACUGGACAACCUGGUGGCCAACACGGUCUACCUGAAGGCUCAGCAUGUAGAUCGCAAUGAGCUGAGGAAACAGAGACUCUCCCUGACGCUGCCCAAACCAAAUAAGUCCUCUGCUCUCCGGGUGGCAGUGGAAAAGAAUUAUGAGUUGCUGUGUGAGCGACAGCCUAUUGGGAGGAAGUUAUUCCAGCAGUUCCUCCUUACCUCUAACCCGCAGUAUGUGGCCGCCGCUGAGUUCCUGGAGGAGCUGAGUGACUGGAGAUUUGCUGAAGAUGAAACCAGAGAGAAGGCCAAACAGAGCAUCCUCGCUAAAUUCUGUCAACCUGAGUCCAGGAGUUUUCUCACCUACCUCACAGGAGAGGCAGCUGAAAAAUGCAAAGAGUUAUCAGACAAGAACUUCGAUGAGGUGACGAUGGGCCAGAUAAGAGAAGCCACAAGGGACUUCCUGAGGGGGAAACCUUUCUCGGAGUAUCUGAAAAGCCCCCUUUUUUAUAGGUUCUUGCAGUGGAAAGAGUACGAGAAGCAGAAGAUCAGUGACAAAUACUUUUAUGGGUUUAGGACUUUGGGAAAAGGUGGCUUUGGUGAGGUGUGUGCGGUGCAGGUGAAACUCACAGGCCAGAUGUAUGCCUGUAAGAAGCUGGAUAAGAGGCGCUUGAAGAAGAAAGGUGGCGAGAGGCUUGCCCUUCUGGAGAAGCAAAUCCUGGAGAAGGUCAACAGCCUCUUCAUUGUGAACCUGGCUUACGCUUAUGACAACAAGAACCACCUGUGCCUGGUCAUGGACCUCAUGAACGGAGGAGACCUCAGGUUCCACAUCUACGAGCUCGGGGAGCGAGGUAUCCGUAUGGAGCGUGUUGUUUACUACGUGGCCCAGAUAACCACUGGGAUACUCCACCUGCACUCUAUGGACAUUGUGUACCGGGAUAUGAAGCCUGAGAACGUGCUGCUGGAUGCUAAAGGACAGUGUCGGCUGUCAGACCUCGGACUGGCGGUGGAGCUGCCAAAGGGCAAAACGAGCUGCCAGAAGGCUGGUACGCCUGGUUACAUGGCUCCAGAGAUUCUGAGGCAGGAGAAUUACUGCAGGUCUGUGGACUGGUGGGCUCUGGGCUGCAGCAUCUAUGAGAUGGUGGCAGCCCGUUUGCCUUUUAAAGACUUCAGAGAAAAGGUGCAGAAUGAGGAGGUGACUCGUCGCACUCUGGAGGACGAGUGCAAGUUUGAACACAAGCGCUUUGAUGCUCCCACCAGAGAUAUCAUCAGCCUCUUUCUCAAGAAGAAGGUGCAGUAUCGCCUUGGGUGCCGUGGUGAUGACCCGCGAAGCCACACGUUUUUCAAGAGCAUCAAUUUCCAUCGUCUGGAGGUCGGGCUGGUGGAGCCCCCCUGGGUGCCAAAAUCCAACGUGGUCUAUGCCAAGGACACAGACGAGUUCAGGGACACCUCUGAGGUGGAGGACAUAAAGUUUAAUGCCAAGGAUGAGAAAUUCUUCGAGGAGUUCAGCACAGGCGCAGUCUCCAUCCGGUGGCAGAAGGAGAUGAUCGACAGCGGAGUGUUUGACGAGCUGAACGACCCCAAACGAAACGGUCACGGCUGUGAGGCCGCGUGGAAAUCCAGGAUGUGCAUCAUUUUGUAAGCAUCAAUAUGUACAACUGGGCAAAACAAUGAUACACAAAUGUCCUUUAAUUUAAUUUCUUUACACUUCCGAAGUGCCUGGUAUAAUACUAAAUGGAGGUACCUUUUUAAACAGCUACUUGACUUUUUUUCCUUAAUCUGAGGACUCAUCUUGGAAGUUUGUGUCUGUUUCUAAAAGUUUUAGCCCAUAACAUUGUUGUGUGUUUGAUGCCACAGUCAAACAUAAUAGGACAUCAGUCUGAGUGGUAAAAUAAAACCACAGUUUUUGUCUUAUUUCGUAUUAUUCCCGAAUGGAAACACACGCUGACAAUGUGCUGCAAAUGCUGCUUCAUACUUUGCCCUCUAUUCCUGGUGAGACAGCAGAUCCCAGUGCAUUCAUAGUUUCCAUUACAUCACUCGGCCAUUUUGGCAGGCCAACGUGUUUAUAUGUGUUUGUAAACAAGCUACAUAAUGGUUGUGUGUCAUUGAAUAGCAGCAGGAUUACUAUCAGUAUUUGCAGUAAUGUGCCACGUUUGUUUGAAAGACCGAAGUCUCAUAUAAAUGCCAUGAAUGCCUUUUGCUCAUGUGAGUGGACAAGUGUCAUGCGACCUCAGUGAAGUCUCUCAGUAGCAGACAUUCACCACUAAGUGCCGCCAGACACCCAUGGAGUACGUUUAACAGCACUCUUCAUCAUCCCCAUUAUCCGGACUGUGCUGCUCCGUUAUUUACAAGCACUGGAUGACUCGUUCAGCUUUAACAAGGGGGAUGCAGGGAGACAAAUUGUCGUAUACACAUAGUUUUCCUGCUAAACAAAAAAUGUUAACAUUGAAUGUUUGGCUUUAACAAUGCAAUACCAACCCCCUUUAUCCCCCCCCCCCCCCCAAAUCACCCCGUGUUUACAAGCCAUACGAAACCUAAGUAAGAGAUGUUAACUACUGACAACAUAGCAACAACAAACAUCUAUUUAGUUUCACAGAUGGUUAGUUCUUGUGUCCAUAUAUGGACAUCGUUUCCCACAAAAGCUUCUGGUUGUAGGAGAUCCAUGUCCUAUUGUGGUUGAUAAGUGUUGUUUAAUUUUAGAUUUUUCAUCCCUAAAUAGAUGACAGUGAUUAUAGUCACAUCACUGACACUACUUGAGCUUUUAUGUGAGAAACUAAGGAAAUGUAUUUUUUCUUUUUGGUAUUUUUUCAGGUAUUUAUUUUUUAUAGCGAGUAUAGAAAGGAAAUCAUGUGGGGAGAGAGAGGAGAUAACAUGUUGCGAUUACAUAUUUAGCAUUUUUGACCUUUGGGCUACCAGGAUGCCCCAGGUGUCUUACUUCUGACUCAGUUAUACAUUUUUCCUGUGUUUUGCUUUAUUCCAGUCCUCAAGUCUUGAAUGAAGAUGUACUGUGUCAUGUAAUCCAUGUCUUUUUAGUUUUACUCGUACCUCACAUAAAGAGCUGCAUUGUCACUACAUAACAGUGCCAAUAAUAUUUUGUCAUAUUUGUAUGUGAUUUUAUAAUGAUGACUUAACAUUUUCUAAUAUUUUAUGUGGCAUGUUUGGCUUGUAAUGAUUUUAUAUACUGUUCAUAGCUUUGUGAUACUUCCUUGCGUCACGCAUGCGUUUUUCACAACAAUGUUUCGUGCUGUUUUUUAUUAAACGUUCAAGCCAAGUGACAACAUUUUUAUGAGAUGGAAAAGAAAUAAAGCACAUUUUCAACAGCAAUAAGCUACACUGCUGUAAUGAUUUCUGUUGACAAAUUAGUCUACAUGGCGAUGACAUUCAAAGUCACAGGUUGACAGUUAUGCAAUUAUUUUGAUUAUCCUCUUGUUGCUCAUCUCGAGGCACAGAUAUCAUCUAUCAUCACAUAUCCAAACAGCCAGGGGCCGUUUGACAAGGGAAGGUGCUUGUCUCUUUAAAACAUUACAGUAACCACAGUACAUUCAUAAUUACAUCAUAAUGUCACCUCAAUGUUUGAAUCAUCCGUCACUCAGUGUCUCACUCCAAAACCUCAGACACACUUAGGUAAUGAGGGACACAUAAACAUGUGUUGUGCUAAUUCGUGCGAGGGGGUGACCUUACGGGGCUGAGAAGUGGUUCAGUUCACGCUCAACUGUCAUGAGAUUAGAGGGUGGUUCAGAUGGAAAUCCAAGACGCAACCUGAUAAUGGUCGGCUGCGAAGGCAGAGUGGGGAGUCCACUGUGGACGACGUGAUGACAAGACAAACUCGGCAGAAGGUCUCCAGGAACAUGUUUUUACCAGGCGCCUACAAGCCUCUGCCAGGGUUCAGUUCCCCACGGCCCGAUGCUGUGACUGCGGCUCUGCAAUACACACAGACACACACACACAGAGCACAAAUCACUGCAGAUUUGCACUCAUGCAUGCAGACAAACACACAUGCAUGCAUAUUCAUAUACUUGUGUUAACACCUCUUGCAGGCAAAGAUGUACACAAACCCCACGCACAUCUAAACACACUCUGAUACACACUCUCACUUACACACACACACACGCACGCACACACACACACACACACACACACAAUCUUAUUACCUCUGUAGAAGCAGGCAUGCGGUUUUAGAGAUCAAAGCAGGACAGGGUGUAAUUUGGUAUCUGCGUUUGUUACAUACCCAUGCUCUGGAUUCACAUCAAAGGCAUGUGCCACACUUCAGCUCUGCCCUGGCAUCCUCAGGAUGGUAUCACACCAGCGAUAAUGCUGCUUUUUCCCGUCUUUGGCUGUGAGCACGUGUCUCUAUUUGUGCGCACAUGCAUACGUGUGUGUGCGUUUCCAUGGAUGUAAAUUACAGUGACUUGUGUCUAUAUAUGCACUUGUGUGUGCACAAGGGUGUGUCAGCGAGAGUGUGUGUGUGUGAGUAUUUAGGAUAGGCGAGAAAGUGGUUAAACCGUUGAGACAGAGAGGCCAUUGUCUGCUGAGGGAAAGUGAGAGCCAGCCAUGUGGGAGAGCGAUUGAAGGAGGAAGAGGGUUGUUGCUCACUGUCUCGUACUCACAGCUAGUGUAGUUUUUUUUUUAGGGGUUUACCUGUUUUUCGUACCAUUUUAUUUCACAAAAAUGAUAAACUAGAAUCUAGAAUCAAGAACCAGAUUAGGACCUAGAGCGUCAUCGUACUGAUCUGCCACUGUGACCCCGGUACCGCUCAGGAAGUGUUUAGUUUUUGGUUAGCGUUCAAUUUUCUAAGCUUCAUUGCUUGAAUUCUUAACAUUUCCACAAAUAAGUGAAUUCCUGCACGGCGGUCCAACAGAAACAGAGCGUUUGUGUGCAUGAUGUUCUUCCCCACUGAGGCCCAAUGGGCAGUUUCCAUGGCGCCCAGACCUCAGACCCCUUCUGCUGCCAGAGGCUGGACAACGUCAUGGAUAGAGCCAGAUCAGACACACACACACAUAAACAGUCCCACACUCUUAGCCCUCAUCCUAUCUCUGCACCAUGUUUGGUCCCUUUACUGCAAAAAUUCAUCUAGGUCAUUUAAUCUCAUGUAAAGAAUUAAAUAUUUAUUUUCCUUUCACCAAAAAAAAAAAAAAAAAUGCUGCCAGUGGGGCCAAAUAAUGCAUCUAGUUCCCUGUAUAACCCCAUGUUUUGGGAAUUUUCUAGAAAAGAGUAUCAGUGUCCUGAACCACAACUGCAUGGCAUGAUAAUCAAGAAAACAACAUGUUUGCACAGAAUUCCUGACAUGAGUUGAUUUGUAUUUAAAGCAGGGGAAACAAUCUCACCACAUUAUUGCAUUAUUUUGCAGAUCAUCCUGAAAAAAUGACUUUUUUUGCUAAAUAAAUACAUCCAUAAAUAAUUAAUUCACUCACAAGGCUGGAUUACCAACCCAGCAAAGCAGGCAAACCCCCAGGGGUCCCAGAAGUCCCAAGUUUAGCACAUAUCAGUUGGUAACGUAACUUGAUUAAUUGCAGAUUUGCUGAAGAAUCUGAACCACUAUUAAAGUGCUAUAUCAACUAAGACGGUUCCUUCAUUUCUUAAUCUUGUGGCCCUUGUCUUUUAGAGAGAACUUGCACUCAGCAUAGAAAUGCAGGUUGUUUUUGUGUUUAUUUCAGCCAUUUAUCCAUACUGCAGCAAACUGUUUUAGACUUCUCUGCUCACUUGCUAUUAUGUGGAUAUAUGUUUUUAAUCAAUAAUUUCUUCUUCUUUUUUUCAAAUUAGUUGAGCCGCU